AAUUAAACUAAUUAACACAGCAAUAAAAAGUCGGAGAAGUCACAGAAAUUUGAGAAUAGUGAAGCAGCCAGGUCUUUUGGUUCAACCUUUCCGAACAAAAUUCAACUUAAAUUUGCACAUCUUGCCAGUAGUUAUUUGUUCGUUGAUUUGUUAUUUUUUGAUCAUAUUUGGAUCUAUAAUCUAGUGGAUCUUCCUUUCAGUUAUUCAGCGACCCAUUACACACCCAAAGAGCUCCUGCUAGGACUGGAGCUCCAAGCUCUAGGCCCGGGCUCAUUUUGCACAUUAACAUGGGCCAGCAGCAGCCGCUGAGAAGAGAUGAGGCACCCAACUCUUGAAAAUUUGGUUUGAAAUUUAGAAGGCAUUAUAUUAAUAAUUUUAUAAGCAUUUAACUGAUUAAAUUAUAAUUCAAGAUUACGCUGAGCUUGUCAGUCGAAGUUCUGAACUACUAUGGUAAAUAUGCAUUUUGCGGGAAUCCUUUUGGUUCUGUCCGCAUUUUUCCUGGCUGGCACUGAGGCAGAUUCAAUGCAAGCGGUCUUUUCGGACCCAGAACAUCCUGGCAAAUGUGUGAUUGAUGGCCUCAUUUUGAGCGACGGACAGUGGAUACGACAUCCCAAGAUGUGCGCUCUGUUGUGGUGCGGGAGGAACAGCAUAGGCGGGAUACACAUAUGUGGCAAGGUUUCUCCACCGCGCGGCAGUAGGUUUGGCGAAUACACUGACCCAAAAGCUGACUAUCCCGCAUGCUGUCGUCGUGAAAUUAUUGAAGAGCUUGAGAAGAAGGGAAUUUCCUAAAUAAAUGCAAAUUGAAAAAUAGAAAUGCACA